UGGCUGUUACGUGGCCUUAAAUAGAGCAACGCAUCGAUAAGGCACCCCUUUUUUUUUACCCCUUCCCCGCUUUUCUUACUGCUCGCCACUACAACCCGUAGAGUAAUUUAACUUAGGCUGAUACAAGGGUCCACAAUUUACUGCACAUUAGUCUUCCAUUUCGGCAAAGGUAACUCGCACGAUUCAUUCUCCACGUCUUCCUUUUGUUGAGAUUUCUUUGCGGGGUUUGUAUAAGAGGUUUCUGCUGCAGGCUAGACGAUGGCAGUAAUUUUUGUUACUAACAUUUCGUAGUCAUACAAUGUUGGCUGUUUCAUCGGUUCUUGGUUCUGAUCAAACUUUUAUUGGAAUGGCGGUAGAGGUUGAUUGAACCAGGCUGGUCAAAGAUCGCCGUCGUUGUCGCUCGGUCGGCGGGUGGGGGGCGGCAUGGAGGAGCAGCUGCAGAGGCCGGCGGCGGCGAAGAAGGUGCCGGCGCCGGAGAAGAAGGCCCACCACCACACCCACGCCGGCGCGGGCAAGUGCGGCGGGGAGGCGCCGGCGGUGAUGGUGACCACGCCCAAGGCGUCGUCGAAGCACGCGCAUAUUCUGGCGAGCCCACGGGCGUGCCUCUGCUCGCCGACGACGCACGUCGGGUCGUUCCGGUGCAGGCUCCACCGUGGCGGCGCCGGCACCGGCCUCCACGAGAUGGGCAAGAAGCCCAGCCCCGGCGCGUGACGCGCGCGCCCACCCGUCCGCACGCACGCUCUUACUUCUGUUUUGUUUGUUUGGUUGGUUGGAUGGAUGGGUGGUGUGCAGUGCAGGGACAGGGGAGGGUUUUUUUUUUCCCCUUCUUCUUUUUGGAUCCUGCGUUUGCGUCGACGGGGAAAUUUCCAGCUUGUUUUCUGCCGUCGACGAUUAUGGAUGCUGAUCGAUUCUGUGCCUAGCGGAGACCGGCCAUCUGUAUGUGUAUAUAUAAGAAAGUGUACAUAACUGCCGUACAGAAA